GCGAACAGUUUUGACUGGGCUGAGCGGGAACUGUACUUCCUCAGUGGUAGGGAGGCGAGCAGGCCAGAGGUGGAUGAACGCAGUGCCCUUGUUUGGGUGUAGGGCCUGAUCAGAGCCUGGAGGUACUGAGGUGCCGUUCCCCUCACAGCUCCGUAGGCGAGCACCAUGGUCUUGUAGCGGAUGCGAGCUUCAACUGGAAGCCAGUGGAGAGAGCGGAGGAGCGGGGUGACGUGAGAGAACUUGGGAAGGUUGAACACCAGACGGGCUGCGGCGUUCUGGAUGAGUUGUAGGGGUUUAAUGGCACAGGCAGGGAGCCCAGCCAACAGCGAGUUGCAGUAAUCAAGACGGGAGAUGACAAGUGCCUGGAUUAGGACCUGCGCCGCUUCCUGUGUGAGGCAGGGUCGUACUCUGCGGAUGUUGUAGAGCAUGAACCUACAGGAACGGGACACCGCCUUGAUGUUAGUUGAGAACGUCAGGGUGUUGUCCAGGAUCACGCCAAGGUUCUUAGCGCUCUGGGAGGAGGACACAAUGGAGUUGUCAACCGUGAUGGCGAGAUCAUGGAACGGGCAGUCCUUCCCCGGGAGGAAGAGGAGCUCCGUCUUGCUGAGGUUCAGCUUGAGGUGGUGAUCCGUCAUCCACACUGAUAUGUCUGCCAGACAUGCAGAGAUGCGAUUCGCCACCUGGUCAUCAGAAGGGGGAAAGGAGAAGAUUAAUUGUGUGUCGUCUGCAUAGCAAUGAUAGGAGAGACCAUGUGAGGUUAUGACAGAGCCAAGUGACUUGGUGUAUAGCGAGAAUAAGAGAGGGCCUAGAACAGAGCCCUGGGGGACACCAGUGGUGAGAGCGCGUGGUGAGGAGACAGAUUCUCGCCACGCCACCUGGUAGGAGCGACCUGUCAGGUAGGACGCAAUCCAGCGUGGGCCGCGCCGGAGAUGCCCAACUCGGAGAGGGUGGAGAGGAGGAUCUGAUGGUUCACAGUAUCGAAGGCAGCCGAUAGGUCUAGAAGGAUGAGAGCAGAGGAGAGAGAGUUAGCUUUAGCAGUGCGGAGCGCCUCCGUGAUACAGAGAAGAGCAGUCUCAGUUGAAUGACUAGUCUUGAAACCUGACUGAUUUGGAUCAAGAAGGUCAUUCUGAGAGAGAUAGCGGUAGAGCUGGCCAAGGACGGCACGCUCAAGAGUUUUGGAGAGAAAAGAGAGAAGGGAUACUGGUCUGUAGUUGUUGACAUCGGAGGGAUCGAGUGUAGGUUUUUUCAGAAGGGGUGCAACUCUCGCUCUCUUGAAGACGGGAGGGACGUAGCCAGCGGUCAGGGAUGAGUUGAUGAGCGAGGUAAGGUAAGGGAGAAGGUCUCCGGAAAUGGUCUGGAGAAGAGAGGAGGGGAUAGGGUCAAGCGGGCAGGUUGUUGGGCGGCCGGCCGUCACAAGACGCGAGAUUUCAUCUGGAGAGAGAGGGGAGAAAGAGGUCAGAGCAUAGGGUAGGGCAGUGUGAGCAGAACCAGCGGUGUCGUUUGACUUAGCAAACGAGGAUCGGAUGUCAUCGACCUUCUUUUCAAAAUGGUUGACGAAGUCAUCUGCAGAGAGGGAGGAGGGAGGGGGGGAGGAUUCAGGAGGGAGGAGAAGGUGGCAAAGAGCUUCCUAGGGUUAGAGGCAGAUGCUUGGAAUUUAGAAUGGUAGAAAGUGGCUUUAGCAGCAGAGACAGAGGAGGAAAAUGUAGAGAGGAGGGAGUGAAAGGAUGCCAGGUCCGCAGGGAGGCGAGUUUUCCUCCAUUUCCGCUCGGCUGCCCGGAGCCCUGUUCUGUGAGCUCGCAAUGAGUCAUUCAUUGUAACUGGGGAUUUUAACAAGGCUAAUCUGAAAACAAGACUCCCUAAAUUUUAUCAGCAUAUCGAUUGCGCAACCAGGGGUGGAAAAACCUUGGAUCAUUGUUACUCUAAAUUCCGCGACGCAUAUAAGGCCCUGCCCCGCCCUCCUUUCGGAAAAGCUGACCACGACUCCAUUUUGUUGAUCCCUGCCUACAGACAGAAACUAAAACAAGAGGCUCCCACGCUGAGGUCUGUCCAACGCUGGUCCGACCAAGCUGACUCCACACUCCAAGACUGCUUCCAUCACGUGGACUGGGAUAUGUUUCGUAUUGCGUCAGAUAACAAUAUUGACGAAUACGCUGAUUCGGUGUGCGAGUUCAUUAGAACGUGCGUUGAAGAUGUCGUUCCCAUAGCAACGAUUAAAACAUUCCCUAACCAGAAACCGUGGAUUGAUGGCAGCAUUCGCGUGAAACUGAAAGCGCGAACCACUGCUUUUAAUCAGGGCAAGGUGACUGGUAACAUGACCGAAUACAAACAGUGCAGCUAUUCCCUCCGCAAGGCUAUCAAACAAGCUAAGCGUCAGUACAGAGACAAAGUAGAAUCUCAAUACAACGGCUCAGACACAAGAGGCAUGUGGCAGGGUCUACAGUCAAUCACGGACUUCAAGAAGAAAUCCAGCCCAGUCACGGACCAGGAUGUCUUGCUGCCAGGCAGACUAAAUAACUUUUUUGCACGCUUUGAGGACAAUACAGUGCCACUGACACGGCCUGCAAUGAAAACAUGCGGACUCUCCUUCACUGCAGCCGAGGUGAGUAAGACAUUUAAACGUGUUAACCCUCGCAAGGCUGCAGGCCCAGACGGCAUCCCCAGCCGCGCCCUCAGAGCAUGCGCAGACCAGCUGGCCGGUGUGUUUACGGACAUAUUCAAUCAAUCCCUAUACCAGUCUGCUGUUCCCACAUGCUUCAAGAGGGCCACCAUUGUUCCUGUUCCCAAGAAAGCUAAGGUCCACAGACGAUGCAAUCUCAACCACACUGCACACUGCCCUAACCCAUCUGGACAAGAGGAAUACCUAUGUGAGAAUGCUGUUCAUCGACUACAGCUCGGCAUUCAACACCAUAGUACCCUCCAAGCUCGUCAUCAAGCUCGAGACCCUGGGUCUCGACCCCGCCCUGUGCAACUGGGUACUGGACUUCCUGACGGUCCGCCCCAUGUGGUGAGGGUAGGCAACAACAUCUCCACCCCGCUGAUCCUCAACACUGGGGCCCCACAAGGGUGCGUUCUGAGCCCUCUCCUGUACUCCCUGUUCACCCACGACUGUGUGGCCACGCACGCCUCCAACUCAAUCAUCAAGUUUGCGGACGACACAACAGUGGUAGGCUUGAUUACCAACAACGACGAGACGGCCUACAGGGAGGAGGUGUGGACUUCAGGAAACAGCAGAGGGAACACCCCCCUAUCCAUGGAACAGUAGUGGAGAGGGUAGCAAGUUUUAAGUUCCUCGGCAUAUACAUCACAGACAAACUGAAUUGGUCCACUCACACAGACAGCAUCGUGAAGAAGGCGCAGCAGCGCCUCUUCAACCUCAGGAGGCUGAAGAAAUUCGGCUUGUCACCAAAAGCACUCACAAACUUCUACAGAUGCACAAUCGAGAGCAUCCUGGCGGGCUGUAUCACCGCCUGGUACGGCAACUGCUCCGCCCACAACCGUAAGGCUCUCCAGAGGGUAGUGAGGUCUGCACAACGCAUCACCGGGGGCAAACUACCUGCCCUCCAGGACACCUACACCACCCGAUGUUACAGGAAGGCCAUAAAGAUCAUCAAGGACAUCAACCACCCGAGCCACUGCCUGUUCACCCCGCUAUCAUCCAGAAGGCGAGGUCAGUACAGGUGCAUCAAAGCUGGAACCGAGAGACUGAAAAACAGCUUCUAUCUCAAGGCCAUCAGACUGACUCAACUCCAGCCACUUUAAUAAUGGGAAUUGAUGGGAAAUGAUGUAAAUAUAUCACUAGCCACUUUAAACAAUGCUACCUUAUAUAAUGUUACUUACCCUACAUUAUUCAUCUCAUAUGCAUAUACUGUACGCUAUAUCAUCGACUGCAUCCUUAUGUAUUACAUGUAUCACUAGCCACUUUAACUAUGCCACUUUGUUUACAUACUCAUCUCAUAUGUAUAUACUGUACUCGAUACCAUCUACUGUAUCUUGCCUAUGCUGCUCUGUACCAUCACUCAUUCAUAUAACUUUAUGUACAUAUUCUUUAUCCCCUUACACUGUGUAUAAGACAGUAGUUUUGGAAUUGUUAGUUAGAUUACUUGUUGGUUAUUACUGCAUUGUCGGAACUAGAAGCACAAGCAUUUCGCUACACUCGCAUUAACAUCUGCUAACCAUGUGUAUGUGACAAAUAAAAUUGGAUUUGAUUUGAUUUGAGUCAUCUAUUGUGCUCGUUUGAUAGUUUCAAGGAAAAACAAUUGCUUUCUUGAGAGGCCUCAAAUGUUUUACACAUGAGGCCAGACUGUUUAAAACGGUCAAUUUCCCCCUAAAUCCUAAAAAGCUUUUUCACUGAAGUAGCUCAUUUUACAAAUCAAAUAUAUACCCCCCAAAAAAGCCUGGCGGGUACACCAAAUGUUACAUUUGUCUGGUUAGACGAGACAUUAGUGUUCUCUCCCUGUGUGUUGUCAAGGUUAAUGAGGAUCCUGGGACUGAAGCAUGUGGGGCGGAAUCAUUAUGUUCCAAAAAGCGCAGUCAUACUUGGGAACAUCGGGAAGGAAUUCAAAUUGUCCACAGACUGAGAAAUUAUACUCCAACUGAAAUCUCUUGGAUAAUAGCAGCUGACUCAAGCCACUUGGUUUCCAUCUUCAUA